AUCCAGUCAAGGGCACGGACUCACGAGUAGCAAGUUGCCCCGCUGUGUUCAGUCAUGGCUGUGUUGGCGAGACUUGCGGUUCUGUAUCUGCUAUGGGACACUGCAGGGGGAGAUGUCAUCGACGACAUGAUUCCCAGCUUCAUGUCCCGGAUGACGGAGGUGCGCGAGGUGCUGCUGCCCGUGCCCGAGGACAACCUGAAGGAAGGCCUGCAUCGUGCUGGCAGUUUCUUCAUCCCUCUGGACUCGGAGACGGAACUUUGCCGCAAUCACAGCAGGAUCACUUUUGAUAGCUUUCUCAACUUUGAUUUGUGGGCCCUAAGGAUGGUUGACGCUUCGUCAAAAGUCCCUUCAGGGGUACUUGACGGCCACAUCAUGGAUCUAGGGAGCCAUGACCAGUGUGUUUCCGUGGAAGCCCCCGACAAGUUAUUUAGAGGACAGACCUGCGUUGUGGAAACUAGAGGAUUUCUUCCAGAUGCUAUCGACAAACUGAGUCCUGAGAGGUCUCUUUUCGUGUCCAUCCGGACAGAUUUCCUGUUCACGUUCUGCGUGCCUUCCACCUGCACCGCCCAAGAUGUCAAAGCUCACCUAAACGUAAUCUUGAAUUCCGUCAACGCCUCUGCAAUUAUGUUCGACUCCAGCUGUUCCUCCAAUAUUCCAAUAUCCUUUGACGCAACAGAGUGGAUGGUCAUACUCCUGGGUGUGGUUAUCGUGGCCCUUGUGGUACUCAGCACCUCGUACGAGAAUUCUAGCAUGGGAAAUGACAAGAACACCCUACUGUGUGCCUUCUCCUUGAGAACCAACGGUCGUCAGAUGCUAUCCACACAGACGUCCUCCGCGGCCCUGACGUGUCUUAAUGGCUUACGGGUUCUAGCCCUGAUCUGGAUUAUGACGGGGCACAGGAUGCUGCAGAUGUUAGGGGCCGUUAAACUGCGUCAAAAAGAUAUAAUGGAGAGAGUAGACCAUCUUUCUUGGUCACCAGUUGAGAACACUCACCUAGCUGUGGAGAUAUUCUUCCUCAUAUCAGGAAUACUGGUGACGUAUGGAUACCUCCGGCAGACUCUAAAAAGCAGCAAGUUCAACUUUAUUUAUUUCUAUCUGUACAGAUACUUGAGACUGACGCCGGCUCUGGCAGUGGUGGUGUUGUUGUACGCUACAGUCGCUUUACGGUUCUCCGAUGGUCCACUGUGGCGUCGAUACUUUGAUGUGCUGAGCUCCGACUGCCGCCAAUACUGGUGGGCCACCCUCCUCUACAUCAACAACUACCUUGUACCCUAUAACAUGUGUAUGGCGCAGUCCUGGUUCAUAUCAUCGGACUUCCAGUUGUACCUCUUCUCUCCGGUCCUGUUGAUACCGCUGCACAAGAAACCCAAGCUGGGAUUGAUACUCACCGCUGUGUUCUUAGCUAUCACCACUCUCGGAAACAUCUGGAAUGCUAUAACAAACGAUCUUAAAGGUGCCAUGUCUUUCACGGUUGACAGGAGAACUGAGGACAGUUUGGCGAAGGACUACAUAGUGACCCACUGGAGAGCGGCUUCCUUCCUGAUAGGGAUGGGUCUCGGCUACAUCCUUUUCAAGAUCAAACAAGGGGAACUGAUAGUAAAGCUGUCCAGAGCCAAACUAUGGUCAGGCUGGAUGCUAUCUUUAUUCUUCAUCAUAUUCAGCGUUUUCUUCGUAGCGGUACUUGAAAGUCCUGAUUAUGAACCCAACCCUUGGGUGGACAUCCCUUAUAUGGUAUUCCACAGGCAUUUGCUUACCUGGGGAUUUGUCUGGAUCAUCUUGGUCUGCACCCUUGGGCACGGAGGAUGGGUAAACAAGUUCCUUUCAUGGAGUGCUCUGAUUCCUUUAGCCAGACUUUCGUAUGGAGCGUUUCUCACCCAUAUGCUGAUUCAGUAUAUGGAAAACUACUCUCAGAGGGUUCCUAUCACUAUAUCCCAUCUACACUUGUGGUACCACGUCGCUGGAGACUUCACCCUCAGCUACAUUGCCGGUGCUGUGCUUUACCUGACUGUGGAGGGCCCCUGCUCCAACAUUACCAACUGGUGCUUUCAAGGUGAAAAGAAGACUAAAGAAGUCAUUCAAAACAAAACUGAGCGGUUUGCUUUUAAGAACCCAACGUGACGUCAACUUUUUGUGUUAUAUGAUUAUAUCUCAACAAAAUCCCAACAUUUCAAGAGGAACGUGAGCAGUCGUUGUUUCUUCCUUUUUGAAAAAACCACUAUUUAUUAUUAUUUUUCGAUAUAAUGGCUCUUUUGAACGACUUUUAUUGUGUAAACAUUCGGCCGGCCCAACCAAAUGUGAAAUAACAAAUAAUUUUGUUUUGAGUUAUCGAGUAAACGUAAACAUAACUUUAUAACUUAUGAUUGAAAUAAUGGUAAAAUAACAUCAUACAACAAUAAAGCGCAA